AUGGAUCACGGCGGCAUGAAUCACGGUGACAUGGAUAUGGGGGAAGGGCAAUGCUCCAUGAACGCAAAUGCUCUUCACUUGGUCGUCCAAGAACCUAUGCAUUGUUUUCCGCCAGUGGAGAGUCACAGGCACCUUCUCGCUCAUAUUGUCCUUGAUCGCCAUCGUCCUCCUGACCGCAGGCUAUGAAGGCAUACGUGAACUCAGCAGGAGAUAUGAGCAGAGUCAGAGCGCGCGCAUGGCUGCUUAUAGCACCGGCGCUUCGAGCGAACCUGCACAACUGAACGAAUCAAGCUCAUCGCUAGUCGUAGGGAGAGAUUCAAAGGCGGCGGCUGAACGACAAGGGACAAUCAUAAGAGCUGCGUUAUAUGCUGUACAAGUCUUCUACAGCUUCUUUAUCAUGCUUUUGUUCAUGACCUAUAACGGCUGGGUCAUGUUGGCGGUGGCAGUAGGCGCAUUCGCGGGUUACCUUGCUUUUGGCCGCGACCUCUCAUCAAGCAAAUCGGUAGCUUGUCAUUGA